UAAAAGAGACUAGGACAGUGUCUUAUCCGUAGGGAGAAGGCUUGCACGUUGGAGGCAUCGCUGGCUCAUGAGACAAAUCUCUAGCUUUACGGGAUGCCAGGAGGUGACAUGGCCAAACCACUGUUAGAUCAUCAGAACACGGACAGUAAUUUAAGCUUGGCCCCAGCUGCUGGGAGCAGGACAAUUGGGAUUCUGGGAAGUGGCGACUUUGCACGCUCCUUGUCUAUGCGCCUGGUGUGCUCAGGUUUCAAAGUGGUGAUCGGAAGUCGGAACCCGAAGCGCCAUGCCAGCCUCUUUCCUUCUGCAGUUGAAGUUACAUGCCAGGCAGACGCCAUAAAGAAGGCCGAUAUCAUCUUUGUGGCAAUUUUCAGAGAACACUACACCACGCUCUGUGACCUCAACAAUGAGCUUUCUGGCAAAGUCCUGGUGGAUGUUAGCAACAAUGCUGAAAUAAAUCAUCAUAAAGAAUCCAAUGCGGAGUAUCUAGCCUCGCUUUUUCCAGCCUGCCCUGUGGUCAAAGGAUUCAAUGUCAUUUCAGCCUGGACUCUGCAGUCAGGUCCCAGAGAUGGGAACAAACAGGUCUUCAUUUGCUCUGACAACCAAGAAGCCAAACAGGCGGUUGCUGAAAUUGCCCAUGCCCUGGGCUUCACCCCGACGGACAUGGGUGCCUUGUUCUCAGCUCGGGAAAUAGAGAAUAUUCCCCUGCGUCUUCUCCCUGCCUGGAAGAUUCCUGUCUUCUUGGCCCUGGGCCUCUUCCUCUGCUUCUACACCUACAACUUCAUCCGGCAAGUCUUGCAUCCCUACAUUCGAGAGAAGAAGAACAAAUUCUACAAGAUCCCUGUGGAGAUCGUCAACACCACCUUGCCUUGCGUGGCCUACGUCAUGCUCUCCCUGGUCUACCUUCCCGGAGUGCUUGCAGCCAUCUUUCAGCUGUACCACUGCACAAAGUACCGGCGUUUCCCUGACUGGCUUGACCAGUGGCUGCAGCACCGGAAGCAGAUAGGCCUCCUCAGCUUCUUCUGCGCAGCACUGCAUGCUGUCUACAGUCUGUGCCUACCCAUGCGCCGGUCCCACCGCUAUCUGCUACUUAACGAGGCGGUCAAGCAGGUGGAGAAGAGAGCAGAUGCUUGGGUGGAGGAGGAAGCCUGGAGGAUGGAGAUAUAUAUCUCUUUUGGCAUCAUGGCUCUGGGCUUGCUCUCGUUACUUGCCAUAACCUCACUUCCGUCCAUCUCGAACUCUCUUAACUGGAGGGAAUUCAGCUUUGUUCAAUCUACCCUUGGCUUCGUUGCUCUGGUGAUCAGCACGCUCCACACCUUGACCUAUGGCUGGACAAGAGCCUUUGAUGAAAACCAGUACAAGUUUUACCUGCCUCCCACUUUCACCCUCACUCUCCUGGUACCAUGCACCAUAAUCCUAGCUAAGCUCUUUUUCAACCUUCCUUGUAUGAGCCAAAAACUGCAGCGCAUCAGGAGUGGGUGGGAGCGGAGCAGGUAUGUCAAAUUCACGUUGCAGAGAGCAUCUGGGGAAUUUUCCAGUGGAGAAAGCAGCAGCACUGUGUGAUGCUGGACCUCUGUUUCCAUUACAAUUGUGAAGAAGCAUUCUGAUUCUG